GAGAGCUUCACCCGAAUCGAAGUCCAUCUGACACCACCACCACUCCAUCUCCCCUCCUACAUCGAGCAAUGCUGUCCCGUGCUGCUCGUCCCGCCCUCAGGGCAGGUGCUGCGCAAUCGUUGCGGCCCGCCGCUGCGACUACUCCUGCCCUUCAGGCCGCCAAUUAUGCGACCCUCCGCCAGAUCGAGAGCCGUCUGAAGUCUCUCAAGAACAUUGAGAAGAUUACGAAGACCAUGAAAAUCGUCGCAUCCACCAAGCUCACCAAGGCGCAGCGUGCUAUGGAGUCUGGCCGAUCCUUUGGACAGACUUCGGGCAAAGUUUUCGAGGAGGCUGAGACCAAGGCUUUGGAGAGCGAGAACAAGAAGGUGCUACUCGUGGUCUGCAGCUCGGACAAGGGUCUCUGUGGUGGUAUUCACUCGGGUCUUUCACGUGCUGUGCGCCGCCUUGUAGAGAGCGAGCCAGCGGACUACAACAUUGUCUGCAUUGGUGAGAAGUCCAAGGCACAGCUGAGCAGAUCCAACCCGAAGGCUUUGGUGCUCUCCUUCGCUGGUGUUGGCAAGGAUGUCCCAACUUUUGCCGAUGCUUCUGCUAUUGCCGACCAGAUCACUCUUCUCCCUUCGGAAUAUGCAAGCGUCAAGAUCAUGUACAACAAGUUCAUCAACGCCCAAUCAUACGAGCCAACGAUAGUCGAGGCAUACUCCGAGGAGGCAAUCACACAAUCACCCGGAUUCUCCAACUACGAGGUUGAUGACUCGGUCCUCAGCAACUUGCGCGAAUACGCUCUCACCAACUCCCUCUACUGGGCGCUCGCCGAGGGCCACGCCUGCGAGAUCUCUGCCCGCCGCAAUGCCAUGGACAAUGCCUCCAAGAACGCCGGAGAAAUGAUUGACAAGUUCCAGAUUCUUUUCAACCGAACGAGACAGGCUGUCAUUACUGGACAACUUGUCGAGAUUAUUUCUGGUGCUUCUGCGUCCGAGGAUGCUUAGAUGCGAAAAGCUACAGCAGCAUCAGCAUCUGGAGAAGUCACGUUGUACUGUACAUAUAGCGCAGACAGUGAGAGCAAUCGCAAGAGUUCCCUUUGUCAGCAGCAGGCGCUCAGACUGCCAUUUCAGAUCACUCCACGAUUCAGCAUUACUGACUGACCCAGACGACAUUCCGGGCAGUGACUGAUGGCUUAUGAGUCCUAGCAUUCACCUAGGCGUAUCUCGCUCCCACAAGUGGCGACGCUGUUCUAAGCCUCGAAGUUGAUGUCGUGCCUUUUUACUUGGCGAUUACAUAC